GCCAUCGGGAUCGCGCUCAUCAUGUUUGGCUGGCAAGUGCCUCCGGUGUAACAGGCUGCUCAGUAUGGGGGAUCCAGGACCCCGAGACGGGAUGGACCCUGACCGACCGACGGCUGCAAAGAGCUCAUCGAGGCGGUUUAUACCGGGAUAAAAACAUCCAGUGUGUCCUAUAACAGAGAGGUUGUCAGGGAGCUGCAGAGGAGGCGGUGUUUGCUGGGAUUCAAUCAGAGCCGGAGUCUCGGCUGGGAGGUUAACGAGGAGAGAGGGACGUGAGGAAACUGGGAAGGCAGCAAUUUGAAGUCGUAACUGGGAUCCAGGUCAGAAUCACAGGAAAAAUGGAUGAAUUGACGAUUACAAGCCGGUCCGGUCAGCCCAACCCAGCAGGAGCGGGGUGGGUUCAUCCGGAGUGAAAGCAGUCGGCUCUUAUCUGUUGGCUUCCCCUCCGCCGGGCAGCGAUGUCCGCUUUCUGCCUCGACCUGCAGACGUCCGCCGUGGUUUCAGCACCACUGGAGCUGGACAGCGACUGCAUGGAGCCCCGGGCCAGCCCCGCCACUCAGGAGCCCGGCGGCUUCCAGGGUCACCCGCUGCGGCAUGCCGGUUCCGGAGGCCUCGGCAUGGCCUUGGAGGAGGAACUGGCCAUGCUGACCGGGGAGCGGGGAGACGAGGAGGAGCUGGCCGAACUAGAGACGCCUGCGGUGGGGCAUAACGCGGAUUUGCUGUCGCUUUUCCGCCAAAAGGAAAAAGACUUGGUUUUAGCUGCUAAACUCGGCAAAGCGUUGCUGGAGAGAAACCAAGACUUGACCAAGCAAUAUGAGAAAAUGCACAAAGAUCUCAACGAGAAAUUAGAGCACUUGGAGCAAGAGAAGCAUGAAUUGCGACGGCGUAUGGAAAGUCGAGAAGGGGAGUGGGAGAGCCGCGUAUCUGAGCUGGAGACGGAUGUCCAGCAGCUGCAGGGUGAGCUGGAGCGCCACCAGGUCCAGCUGAGAGAGGCUGACAGGGACAAGACAAAGGCCAUCAGCGAGCUCUCUGAACAGAACCACAGACUGCUAGAGCAACUCAGUAGGGCUGCAGAGGUGGAGAGGCAGCUGUCCACUCAGGUCCAUUCAUUACGGGACGACUUCAGGGAGAAGAGUAUGUCUACAAGCCAGCACAUGACACGACUAGAGACUCUACAGGCGGAGAUUAAGAUGCUGUCAGAGAGGAAGAUGGAACUGGAGCGGCGGGUUCAUACCGUGCUCCAAGAGAAUGAGCUGCUGCAGAACACGGUGGACGACCUCCGAGAGAGGACGCUGGUGCUGGAGAAGCAGUUUCACGAGAAGGACCUUCAGUUGCGACAGAGCCAGCUAGAGCUCCAGGAGGUCCAGAUGUCCCACAGGCAGCUGACCUCUCGGCUGGAGGAUCUGACGGAUGAGCACAGCCUUCAUAGUCUCACCCCCCACCCAUCCAGCCUGCUGUGUGAGAUAGAGCAGAGCAUGGAACAGGAGGAGCAGGAACAGGAGAGGGAGCAACUACGUCUCCAGCUGUGGGAGGCUUACUGUGAAGUUCGCUCGCUCUGCUCUCAUCUCCGGGGAAACGACGUCACGGACUCAGCGCUGUCCACUGACUCUUCCAUGGACGAGUCCUCGGAGACGUCCUCAGCCAAGGAUGUGCCUACUGGGAGCCUCCACACCAGCCUGCUAGAGCUACGGAGGCUAACACAGAAUCUGCUGGAUGGCAAUGAGUCCACGGGCUCGCGGCGCAGUGAUGAGGAGGCUCUGGAGGAGCAGGUGAGGAAGCUGGGAGAUGAGCUGAGGGAGGUACGAGAGCUGUAUGAAGCUGAGCAGGACAAAACACACAACAGCGAAGAGGAGCUGCUGCAGCUGCACAACCAGAUGGCGCUGCUAUCUGUAGAGUUGUGUUCACUCCGGGAGGAGAACGAGCGAAUGAGGAUGAUGGCUGAAGUCCGAGAACCCAGCGAGCAGCUCCAGAGUGCAAUCAGAGACAGAGAUGACGCCAUAGCCAAGAAGAAAGCAGUGGAAAUGGAGCUGGCCAAAUGUAAAAUAGACAUCAUGUCUCUAAAUAGCCAGCUGCUGGACGCCAUCCAACAGAAGCUCAACCUGUCGCAGCAGCUGGAGGCUUGGCAGGAUGAUAUGCACAGAGUGAUUGACCAGCAGUUGAUGGACAAGCACCAGGACGAGUGGCGCUCAGCCCCAACCUCCCUGUCAGGGUCAUCGAGGGCCCAUGGGGGUCUGUCCUCAAGGCGAGCUCACCGCAUCUCUGACAGGGACAAGAGACUUUUCUCUUUUUUCAAAAAGAACUGAGCCCUAUCGGACUGGCCCCGGGCACAGCAGAAAGACGGACAGACAGACAGAUGAGGUGAGGGAGAAGGAGGGAGUGACAUCACAGUACAGGGGUAACAACACAGCCAAAGACAGGCAGUGGCACACACUGAGGUUUGGGGAGGAUCAUUUUGCACUUUAUCUGUCCCAUUACUCUUCUCCUUACUGAUUAACUGGUGACUGCUGACAAUGAGUGCAGUAUAAGAACAGAACUUCCCCUGAGGCUUUGGCUUCAGCCCCUCUCAUUAAAACCUAUUGGUCUUACAGAACAUGAACAGGGUCUCAGAAGUUUACCUCCAAAGAGGAAGGUUUUUCCUUGUAGUGCCUACAACCAUCUCUACAAUCCCACUGCCAACUAUGUAGAGAGGAACACUAUGUACAGACUCUCACUGUAUGCAUCCCAGUUAUCAGGCCAAGGAGUCUGAGGAAAGACAGACGGAUAUAUGGGACACUGUAGGAGCAUGAGAAAAGAUGAGGAUAGUAGGACAGAGCUGUAAGUCAGAGUAUGAAGUAUGAAACUAUCCUCUGGGUAGAGAGCAAUGAUGCUGCAGUCAACUCAUCAAAUCUCUCAGGUUUAUUCAGUUGUUCGGGGGAACAUGAGGCAACAGCUUGACGUAUCAGGAUUAAAGCUUAUAUAUUUGACAAAAGAAAGCUUAUUUAUAUGUUGACACUGUCAGGAAGUUUUUAAUUUUACAGCUCUAGAUGCAAACAUUCAAUCAAAGCGGGGGAAAAAAAUCUAAUAGUUCAGCUUUGCACUUUCAUUAAGAUUGGUGGUGACUCACAGCAAACAUAUUAAAGCUGCACUUUACAACAUAUGGAUGGAUUAACUAUGUUUAAUGUGAAAAGAGUGGCUUCUAGUUAGGCAAGCAGACAAUUAUCACCUUACUGAGCCCUUUGCAGCCUGUAGCCUAUUUAGUUGGAUGCUUUGGUCUCUGUGAAUUUUGGCCUUAAAAUUAGUUUGGCGGCCAGAAAUAUGACUGUCCGAUUACAUUGUCUAAACAAAUUUAAAACGAGAGAAUAUGUAUCUUUAUGUAUUUACAGUGAGUUCCAAAGAGAGCAAAAAGUGUAUCAGUGCAGCUUUCAAAACUGAAUGUUCAAAAUUCAAAGCAGCAGGAAUACGCUAAACCUAACAUCAACAUCCAAAAAACUUAGAAUGUAAUCAGUGCUGUUUUUGGUGCACCUCUUCUGGCUAGUAAAUGCUCACAUCUUUCAUAUUCCGCAAUCCCAGUCUGCAACACUGUAGUACAUUUGUAGUUUCCAAGCCUAAGUUCAGGGUUCUAUUAUGCUGCAUGAAACUGAAGUAAAAUAUAAUUAAAUUUCAGCAGGACAAAAGGAUCCGCAAAUCAAGUGAAUGUAUAAAAACCAGCACUUUCCAGUUGACCCUGCAUUGUGGCAAACUCGAUGAGGCCUUCAUGUUUGUCUCUAACAUCUGAAUAAACCUUUGGGUGGCUGAAUUUACUGACACUGUCUGUCCAGGUGUUAUUAUUUUUCUACACUUAAUGUUCUAUGUAACAUUUAUUUACAAAUCAUUUUUGUAAGAAAAAAGCACUGUCCAACAUUGUCCCCACAAUGUCAAUCAUCUUUCUAGUUGACCAAAUGUUUAAAACGUUUACAUCAGCUUGAGAAGGAGGCAGAACUAUGAAGAAUGCUCAUCAACUCAAGAAUAACCUGUUGAAUUUCAUGUUGUUAAAACGCAUGUCAGUGUACAGAAACUCCACUGAACUUCCUCUGCAGUGGUCAGUAUCUGCUGCUUUGCUUCACAUUCACCACUAAUAGAAAAGGUCUACCUCCAUUCUCAUUGCUUCAGUACUUCAUGGGCACUUUGAUUUCUUAGCUGGCGGGCUUCCAUUUUAGGCGACACAUCUGUGACUCCAUUGGUAAAACAGUAUGUGUUGGCCUGAAAUCUCCAAGCAUGAAUGACUUUCAGUGUGGCACAGUGAUGUCUCAUGUCUGUCUGUGUUUGAACUCACGUCUAUUGCAGCUGUGCAAACCUAUGCAGAUGUCUUCGUGUCAUCUCAGCUGGUUGUUGGGAAGGAUCAACCCAAAGAAUGAUUUUUAUAAAAAGUCGAAUAGGUUUGGAUGAAAAUGAUAUAUUUAUAAGAAAAAAAAUGCAUACCUUUUGAAUGAAAAUCUUUUGUAGGAAGAAUUAUACCUGUACAAUGUAGGCUCCUUUUCAUGUUUGUCCCAACAGUGAGAAGAAAUUCCACUGCUAAGUUCAACACUAUCGCUUGUAUGUAUGGCUUUUUUGUUUGUUUUCACUGUUCUGGUUUGGCAUACCGUAGAGCUGGUGACAGAUUCCUCAGAACUUCUAAGUUCAACUCAAAUUCUUCAAUAAUAAGAUGCACAAAUUAGUGGAAACACCCCAAGAAACAUGAAUACAAGUUAUUAAUCCAAGAGUGCCCCAUAAAUUCGCCACCCACUUCAGUCAAGUUGGCAAGUUCACUACCAGUACCACUUUCUGAUAAGUCACUUAUUAUAAAUGGCUCCUUAAAUGUCAUUAAUUAGUUUCAUUGUUUGUUACUGUCAAAUUAUCCACUAAUCCUUAAUGGAUUAGUUAUAAACCAAAAUUUGAAAAACAUUUGGGAUGCCAAGUUGUGAAAAUCUAUCUGCUGAGUCUCAGUGACCCUACACUCUUCCAUAAGUGGGUCAGAAAUGACCCAUAUAAUAAUCAAUGUGUUUUUAUACCAUUUUUGUGAUUUUGCUUUAAAAUAAAAAUUUAUAUUAUUGUUUAUAUUAUAUUUUGGUCCACACAAGAAUGAUUUCAUGUUUGAAAUAAGUUUAUUUUUCAUUUUUUAACAGAUUUUGAACAUUUUGAUAAUUGAAAAAGCAGAAUAUUACACAGAACAGCAGUAGAAGAAUGUUAGCAUCAGUUUUGUAGACAUUUUCCCACUCUUUUCCUCCAGCUGUUGUUUCUCUCCAUCCCUCGAAGUUUGUGCAUCACCUCUUGUAAAAUAUUCAGUGAUAAAGAGCUUGGGGUAGCAGUACAAGUAUUACAAUUUCUUUAAAAGUAUAAAAGGUAACUUAAUCAUUUUAAUUGAAUGAGCCUUUUUGACAAAUACCUGGUAUAUGAAAUGAUACAAAAAAGAUAUUGCAAGAAAACGACCCCACCAGGUCAUUUUUGACCCAUGUAUGCAUCUAAUGGUUAAAGGAACAGGUCGACAUAUUGCAAGAUGUGCUCCUGACAGAGAGUUAAAUAAGAAGAUCAACAUUUUCAUGUCUGUGAGUUAAAUAUAAGGUUACAGCUGGUUAGCUUAGAUUAGCGUGGAUUGAAGACGGAAGCAAAAGCUUGCCAGACUCUUUAAUAGAAAAACUGAAAUGUUCUGGGCUAUAUUUUCAGGUAGUUACAGAACAAGUUACGAAGAAAUAUUCCCGCCACUCUGAACAAACGAGAUGUCAAGUGUUAGUGAGCAUACAUGUCAACUACUACUGUGGGUUUGUAAAUUAUGAAGAUUGUUCUCCAUUCAAAUUGCUUAUGUACGUAUACAUAAAAUCAUACAGAUUAAAAAAAUCAACAUCACCUUAAUUGGGAUAAAGUUCAUUCAGGUGCUGUGCUACAGCCGCCAGCAGAUUGUGUUCUGCCAUGAAGUUUCAAAGCGUGACUUCAGGCCUUACCACAUUUGGGGCAUCAGAGAUGGGAAACUGAUUUUUAUUCAAACAAAAUAUCUCCAAUACUUUAACAUGCGCAGCCAGAAGAGAAAGCGUCCAGUUUCUGCAGCAGUGAUUUAAAUUCACGAGCACCGUUUAGUGAUUUAUUAACCAUACUGCAGCCAUUUAAAACCUCUGCAUAGAAGGUACCUUAUGAGAAAGUUCUGUACCUGCUCUAUCUGGAGGGACAUGAUCAGAAACACUGAAGAACUAAAAUAGGAACAUGUUCCUCCCGCUGGCAGAAAUACAUCCAAUGUGUGAAGGUGGGUGGAUUCAGAAACCUUCACAUGUGUUUGUAGUUUUGCUCCAGCCAGACUGAACACCAGUCUCUCCUGCCAUAACCACACUGUAAUUAGUCUCUUUUCAUGUCACAUUUUGGUUAGCAAAACAACACUCUGUAACACAUUUGGUUCUGUCAACAUUACAUCCUGAUUGCUGUUUCUGUUUCUUGUUUGGCUGUGGGCAUUUGUUGAGGACACUCGCUCCGACACUGUAGACUGUACUGAUUCAUUUUCCAAUUGAAAGCAUUUUUAAAACACUGUGUGCCGUGUUUUUCUGUGGUAAACAUCCUGAUGUUGCCGCCGUGGCUUGAGUUUGUGUCGCGGUGGCAGACAGACAUGCCAUUGAGUGUUCUUUUUGUUGCUUGUUUCUACUCAGUUGGACGUUGAUUUGGAAUUUAGUGCUCUUGGUGGGCUCAUUGUGCUCCAUGUGAGUGCUUCCAUUCACCUCUGACAAACGGCACUGUUUCAGUGACAAAACGCUUCAAACUAUUUAAAAUAUUUAUCAUGCAAUUUUCUUAGGAUUUUUUUUUCUUUUGUACAAAUAAAUACUUUGCAAUCUG